UUUCGGAAGACCGCUCCUCAAAGUUCUUCCUUCGCCUGGGCAGUUUCUUUCGAGUAGGAAUUCGACUAAAUGAAUUCUCUCAUCAAUCAGAACCUCCAAACCAAGAUAGUUCCAAUCUCCUUUACCAAAUUCAUAUCUUCAGUAUCCAUAAUCCGUACCUUGUCAUUUCAUGCCAACAAAUAUGAACAGCAACAUCCUGUUCCUUUUCUUGACCCGUUUCAAUUGCUCAGUAACUACACCAAAUCCACCCAUCAUGCUUUCAAAGACACUAAAAUUAUUCAUUCCCAUUUGCUUAAAACAGCUGUGUUGCACUCUGAUAUUGUUAUUGCUAACUGCUUACUUAAUAGGUACUGUAAUUCUGGUGCCAUGCUUUAUGCCGUCAAAUUAUUUGAUACAAUUCCUCUACUAAAUGUUAUUUCUUGGAAUAUCAUGAUUUCUGGUUACAUUCAUAAUAUGUUGUUUGAGGAUUCGUGGAGAUUCUUUUGUAGUAUGCAUUUUUCUGGUUUUCAGCCGAAUGAUUUCACCUACGGGAGUGCUGUUUCUGCUUGUGCUGCUUUGCAAUCUCCUUUAUUAGGUGAGCUGGUGUAUUCACUUGCAAUAAAGAAUGGGUUUUAUGCAAAUGGUUAUGUUCGGGCGAGAAUGAUAGACUUAUUCGCAAAAACUAGUAAGUUAGAUGAUGCUCUGAAGGUGUUUUGUGAUGUGUCAUGCGAGAAUGUGGUUUGUUGGAAUUCUAUCAUCUGUGGGGCUGUUAGGAAUGGGGAAUAUUGGGUUGCUUUGGAUCUUUUCAGCCAAAUGUGUUGCAAAUCUCUGAUGCCUAAUAGUUUUACAUUCUCAAGCAUUUUAACUGCUUGUGCUACUCUCGAAGAAAUUGAAAUUGGAAAAGGAGUUCAAGGGUGGGUGAUUAAAUGUGGAAAAAAAGAUGUCUUUGUAGGGACUGCCAUAGUUGAUAUGUAUGCCAAAUGUGGGGAUAUUGGUGAAGCAGUUAAGGAAUUCUCUCGGAUGCCAGUUCACAAUGUAGUUUCAUGGACUGCCAUUAUAUCUGGUUUUGUUAAAAGGGAUGAUUCUAUAUCUGCCCUCAGAUUUUUCAAAGAAAUGAGGAUGAUAAAGGAGGAAAUAAACAACUUUACUGUUACUAGUGUACUUAAUGCUUGUGCCAAACCUGAUAUGAUUAAAGAGGCAAUCCAAAUUCAUACCUGGAUUUUGAAAACUGGAUUCUAUUUGGAUCCAGUGGUGCAGGCUGCUUUAGUUAAUGUGUAUGCAAAAUUACAUGCUAUUGAUUUGUCAGAGUUGGUAUUUAGAGAAAUGGAAGACGUAAAGAACCCAGGUAUAUGGUCCAUUAUGAUCUCUUCUUUGGCUCAGAAUAAGAGCUCCCAAAGGGCAAUUGAAUUGUUGCAAAUAAUGCUCCAGGAGAGUCUGAGACCGGAUAGCUUUUGUUUUUCUAGUGUCUUAAGUGUCAUAGACUGCUUGAAUUUAGGGAGGCAAAUCCACGGCUACAUUCUUAAAACCGGAUUUGUCUUUGAUCUUUCCGUUGGUAGUUCUCUUUUCACGAUGUACUCUAAGUGUGGUAGUAUAGAGGAUUCUUACAAAGUCUUUGAGCAUAUUCCAGUCAGAGACAAUAUUUCAUGGACAUCUAUGAUCAGUGGUUUCACAGAGCAUGGCUGCACAAAUCAAGCUUUUGAGCUUUUUAGAAAUAUGCUGGCUGAAGGAACUAGACCUGAUCAGAUGAUUUUUAUUGCAAUUCUGGCUGCAUGUUCUGGUCUUCGUUCCUUAAAGAAAGGUAAGGAAAUUCAUGGGUAUGUUUUCCGUGCUGGGAUGGGCAGAGAAGCACUAGUUGGUGGUGCACUUGUCACUAUGUAUUCAAAAUGUGCUGCUCUGAAGCUGGCAAGGAAAGUGUUUGACAUGCUUCCUGAAAAAGAUCAGGUUUCAUGCUCAUCCUUGGUUUCAGGAUAUGCACAAAAUGGGCUACCUGAAGAGGCAGUAUUUCUGUUUCAUGAAAUGUUAAUGUCUAAUUUCGCAACAGACUCAUUCACUGUUUCAUCUGUUCUUGGGGCUAUUGCACUUUUAAACAGAUUGGACAUUGGGACUCAACUGCAUGCCCAUAUCAUAAAAAUGGGCUUAGAUUCAAAUGUUUCAAUCGGAAGUUCACUUGUUACAAUGUAUUCUAAAUGUGGAAACAUUGAGGAUUGCGGUAAAGCAUUUGAUCAGGUUGAUGAACCUGAUUUAGUAUGCUGGUCAGCAAUGAUUGCUAGCUAUGCUCAGCAUGGAAAAGGUGUAGAGGCUUUAAAAAUGUACGAGCAAAUGAGAAAACAAGGAAUUAGACCUGAUUCAGUGGCUUUUGUUGGGGUUUUGUCUGCCUGCAGCCAUGCCAAUUUGGUUGAGGAAGGCUACUUCCAUUUUAAUUCAAUGACCAAAGACUUUGGCAUUAAGCCCAAUAACCGUCAUUAUGCUUGUAUGGUUGAUCUCCUGGGUCGUUCAGGGAAAUUGAAAGAGGCUGAAAAGUUAAUUAAAAGUAUGCCUACUGAACCUGAUGCUUUAUUGUGGGCAACGCUACUCGCUGCUUGCAAACUACAUGGAGAGGUUGAGCUUGGGAAGAUAGCAGCCAAAAUGGUGAUGGAAUUAAACCCGAGUGAUGAUGGAGCCUAUGUCCUGUUGUCAAAUAUCUAUGCGAAUGUAGGCCAGUGGGAGGAAGUCCAGCAGAUCAGAAGCCGGAUGAAAGGAGCUGUUAGGAAGGAAGCUGCUUGGAGUUUCACGUGA